AUGCGCACCGUACUUCCAGGCAGACCUGCGCCGAAGCUUCAAGCUGUCAGCACAGCUCUGUGGGAGAGCAUCCGCGUUGUUGCGUAUAUAUCAGGCAACGCAGUUAUCAUCCUUGGAGGUCCGCAGAAGCUGUUGCAGACAAUCUACCUCGACGAUAUCGAAUGGCUUUCCGCAGUCAAUAUAGAUGAAGCUUCUGGGAGAAUUGCUGUAUGUGGAGGACAGACAAUAUUGGUUUACAACCCGUCGAAAAUCCGCAACAACGUUGAGUGGAAGCUACAUCAUACAUUCAAACGUGAAGAUACUGAUUCCGGUGACGAUGAUGACAAUGACGGAGAUGGGGAGAUCAGGACACUGUCAUGGGGUGGCCCCGGAGAACUUCUAGCAGGCAGCAGGAGCCUUGUUCUUUGGCACAUUGACGACCAUACUCCGCAUGCUAUAUGGACGAACAGGCUGGCAAAUCGGGCCAAAAUUGCGCAGUUUUCAUACGAUGCAGGGCUUAUUGCGUCCGCAGGAGAUUACGAUCAGUUUGUGAAAGUAUGGAGGCGACUGUCUUUCGGUGCGGACGAAGCUCGGUUCGACGUUACGUAUCUACGACAUCCAAGUACCGUGACAGGCAUACAUUGGCGCCGACCACAUCAUGUAGAGCAGACAAUAGACAAUGUCUUAUACACGAUAUGCUCAGACAACAAGAUUAGGGUGUGGGCACCGAUGGACCGCCAUGCCUUACAGGCACUUCAACUUUGGAAUGUGAUUGACAUGGAAUCUUCAAUUCAGCCAAGAUACCCGCCUAAAUCACCCACCGCCAGCAAUAGAUAUGGAUUCAUCGUUGACAGUCGUGAUUUCUCUCUUGCUACUGAACGUGCGGUGCAGCUUGGACCCGCAACGGAAAAGGACAAAUUCGCCCUCGACCACCUUAUCGAAGCUGCCACCAAGAGUCCUGAGGUCUGUGUCAUCCUUGACGAGAGCGGCCACAUGUGUGUAUGGGGACUCGAGAAUGCUGGCUGUAAAGCGCAGUCCGAAGCCAAUAUAUUCAACAUAGCUCACGUUGAAGGACUAGAUCUUUCUACUACUCUGGGUAACCGUCAGAUAGGCAAUUAUGCCCAAUUUUAUCCUUUUGCUGGAGGUAUUUCUGAUGCAUCCUUUACCAUCCUUGCUCAUUAUUACGAUGGCCGGAUUGAAUGGUUUGACUCACGGGUUGAUAUUUUAUUCGACCCUACUCCUCGAAAACGCCGAUUAGUGUCACAAGCUACCUGGUCAGGACACACGGAGUCGGUGAAAAAGAUAGUACGUACGCCGAGUGGAAAGGUUCUGAGCUCUCGAACCAAUGACAAUAAUGCCGUUAUAUGGCGUCAGAGGUCAAAUACUAGCACUGGCUCCGUACUAGUCCAGCAAAGUGCACUCAAUUGUGACAUGCAUAUCCAUCGAACAUGUUUGUUGGAAGAUGGGAAUUUUCUAGUCAACCUCCACCAUAAUGGCAUAUCCAUGUGGGAUAUUCGCUCAUUCGAAGCUCAGAUGAUUGCGAAAAGUGAUUUGCGUCUCAGCAGUAAACCUCUAUGCGUUUUGCUCAUACCCACAUCCGAAACUUGUACUUCAUACAUUGCAGCAAUAGGGGCUGAUAUGACGGGCGUAGCAUGGGAAGUCACCCUUCCUACCGGGAAGGCUUAUCGAGGACAGCAGAAAAGGGAUGAUACCCCCGUUUUGCGAGAGUUCUCAACGUUCAGCCUCGGGUCGGAUGAGGAGGUUUCUUACAUCCUCCCGGUUGAUCCGGCAGGAUCAAAACUCCAGGCAUCUCAUUCUUUAGAUUUGUUUGCCACUGAUAUUGCCCUAUCUUACUCUCAUAAUGGGACUAUCAAGACUUGGACUGCUAAAGUCGAUAGAUCAAAACGCAGGGUUGAGUGGCUACUGACUGCUACUGUUGAGACGGGAAUUCUGAACCCUUCCCUGGGAAGCGCUGGCUCAGUCCGAAAGGCCGCCCUUGUAGAUCAAAAUCGAACACAUUUGACUAUUUGGGAUACGAACAGCGCUCAAUUGGAGCUAGAGGAAAGCUUCGAAGAGCAUGAUAUCAUCCAGGAUCUGGACUGGACAUCAACCCCUGACAUCCAAUCGAUCUUGGCUGUCGGCUUCCCACAUAAAGUCAUUCUACUUUCACAAUUACGAUACGACUACCUCGACGCUGGCCCCUCAUGGGCACAAAUUCGAGAGAUAAAGAUUGGAUGCCACACACCUCACCCUAUCGGCGAUUCGUGCUGGCUCGGUAACGGAAACCUUGUUGUUGGUGCUGGUAACCAACUCUUCGUAUAUGAUAAGUAUAUCGAAGCUAGCAACAGAUGGGUUACCAAUCUGCGUCUACCUUAUCAUGACGAGACACAGUUCGAUCUAUUCGAUGCUGUUAGCAGGCUCAACGGACCUCUCCCUGUUUUCCAUCCACAAUUUCUGGCCCAAUGCAUCCUGAGUGGUAAAAUAAGUCUCGUCCACCUAAUAUUGACAAGACUGCAUAAGAAAUUGAAGUAUGCUACCGAUGGUGACGAAGUGGACGCUUUUCUCGAAAUUCCGCUGGAGGAUAUAUAUAAUGAGAUCUCUCCUAUACAACAGAUAACGUACAAGGAGAUGAACUCUGCCUAUGCAAAUUUCACCAUAGAUCAUGAACCUCAUGUCCUUGAUGAGAGUAUUGCUACAUCACUCAACGAAUACCUAAAGAAAAUAACCCUUCCGCAGCUAUCAUCUAAAGAACAGUUCCGUCUCGUUGAUACCGUUGAAUGUGUUGCUACGGUAGAGAAACACCAACGUUCAAUGGAUGUGAAUGCUGCGAGGUAUAUACUCUUCUUCCGUCAAUAUAUGCUCCGGAAGAGUCAAGGUUUUCUUGAAGAAUAUAUGGUCCCAUGGCGAGAGAUCGUCUGGGCGUUUCAUAGUGGUAGCCAUGAAAUCCUUACCGACCUCGUUGGGAGACAAUUCCAUGGCAAGAUGCUUUGGGAAAAUGCUAGGGAAAGUGGAAUUUUCAUGUGGAUUACUGACACGAACGCUCUGCGUGCUCUCCUGGAAGUUAUUGCCCGAAAUGAAUAUACCAAGUCCGAUGACAAGAACCCUAUUGAUUGCAGCAUUUUCUAUCUUGCCCUAAAGAAAAAGAAAGUUCUGCAAGGUCUCUGGAGGAUGGCAACAUGGCACAAGGAGCAGCCAAACACGCACCGAUUUUUAUCAAAUAAUUUUAAGGAGGAACGAUGGCAGACUGCUGCGUUGAAGAACGCUUUUGCAUUACUUGGAAAGCGAAGGUUUGAGUACGCUGCCGCCUUUUUUUUGUUAGCAGAUCAUCUGCGUGAUGCGGUAAACGUCUGCAUCAAUCAGCUCAGGGACAUACAGCUUGCAGUCACAAUCGCUCGUGCCUACGAAGGAGAUGAUGGUCCGGUUUUAAAAGAAAUCUUGGAAGACCGAGUACUCAUCACGGCUGCCACGGAGGGUAACCGAUGGAUGGCCACUUGGGCAUUUUGGAUGCUGAACAGACGUGAUAUGGCCGUUCGAGCCUUAGUCACACCGAUAGAAGGCCUUCUUCCGCCCACUCCGGGCUCGCCAACGAGCCCAGGCCAAGUUGCUUUACAAGCGAAGUCGUACUUGUCUAAUGACCCAGCAUUAGUCGUUUUGUAUCAACAGCUGCGUGAGAAGACCCUCCAGACUCUCAAAGGUGCAUCUCGGAUUGGCGCUCGGGAGGAGUGGGAGUUCGUCUUGCGUAAUGCACGACUAUACAGCCGCAUGGGUUGUGAUCUCCUCGCUCUCAACUUAGUACGGGAAUGGGAGUUCCUCACUCCGUCUCAUCCCACAGACACCGUCUCUAAGAGGCUGUCAUUCAGUUUCAUGGAAGAUUCGCGAGAUCCACUCAGGCUACUCAAGCGAAGAGGGAGUCUUGUUGUUGCUGAUAUGCAUAUCACCCAUGACAAGAAAGACGACACCAGAGAUACUGAACCUAAUAAGGGCGGUCCUCAGCAGUCAAAGAAUCCCACACAAUUCCAAGAACCGGAGUCGAGCUCUUUACUUGAUUCCUUCGGCUUCUAA